CGAGAAAACUGCACAUUUGUCACUCUUGGUAUUGGGAAGGACGCGAUGGCUGAGGCCAAAGUAAAGGCAAUGAUGCCGAAUUGUAAAUUCUACGGCGCCGAUCCAGUUUUGGAAGAAAACAAGGUCGUAUAUGAAAAUGUCGGUGAGUACCACCAGUUGGCAAUUUCCGGCAAUAACGUCGCAGAUUCGAGUAUAUUAACAAAAUCCGGGUACCAAACGCGCAAAAAGAUGCCGGCAAUGCCGAUGUAUCAAUUCUUUGGGGAAAUCGUCAAAUCAAAAACGAUAGAUUACUUAUUUGUCGAUAUCGAAUACGCGGAAUACGAUUUAUUCGAUUAUUUACAGGCUGGGAAAGCGCUGGAAAAUGGAUAUACGAUUUGUCAGAUAAACCUUGAAGCUCACAUUGCGCAAAAUAUAGAGCAAAAGGUUAAAUACAUGGAGUUUAUCCGGAAAUUAGUAAACGAAGGCCACUACGCGUUGGCAUAUGAUGACAAUACGAUUGGGCAUCAUAGGAUCUUCUUCUACAACCACAGAGCCCCGGCAUGUCGCAGAAAAUUCAUGCCAUUUUCU